AUGUCUCUGGAGAAACAACCUACUAAGCUCUGGGGUGGUCGGUUCACCGGUGCCACCGACCCUUUGAUGGAUUUGUACAACGCGUCGCUUCCGUACGACAAGGCGAUGUACGACGCCGACUUGACCGGCACCAAGGUGUACACCGAGGGGCUCAACAAAAUCGGCCUCAUCACCGCUGAGGAAUUGAGCGAGAUCCACAGAGGUUUGGAGGUCAUCCGCAAGGAAUGGGCCGCCGGUGAAUUUGUGGAAAAGCCUGGUGACGAAGAUAUCCACACCGCCAACGAAAGACGGUUGGGGGAAAUCAUCGGCACCCACAUCUCCGGCAAGGUCCACACCGGUCGUUCGAGAAACGACCAAGUGGCCACCGACAUGCGUAUCUACGUCAGAGAAAAGUUGGGCGAAUUGGUCAAGUUUGUUGGUGAAUUCGUCAAGGUUAUUGUCACUCGUGCCGAACAAGAAAUCGACGUGUUGAUGCCCGGUUACACCCACUUGCAAAGAGCUCAACCCAUUCGUUGGGCCCACUGGUUGCUGAUGUACGCCACCUACUUCACCGAAGACUUCAAGCGGUUGAAGCAAAUCCAGGCUCGGGUCAACCAGCUGCCGUUGGGCGCUGGUGCUCUUGCCGGCCACCCUUAUGGUAUUGACAGAGAGUUCCUUGCUCAAGGUCUUGGCUUUGACUCCGUUAUCGGUAACUCGUUGACUGCGGUGUCCGACCGUGACUUCGUCGUUGAAACCAUGUUCUGGUGCUCGUUGUUCAUGAACCACAUCUCGCGGUUCUCGGAAGACUUGAUCAUCUACCUGACGGCUGAGUUUGGCUUUAUUCAAUGUUCGGACGCCUACUCCACCGGGUCGUCGUUGAUGCCGCAAAAGAAGAACCCCGACGCCUUGGAAUUGUUGCGGGGUAAGGCUGGUCGUGUGUUCGGGUCGUUGUCGGGUUUCUUGAUGUCGAUCAAGUCGAUCCCCUCCACUUACAACAAGGACAUGCAAGAAGACAAGGAACCGUUGUUUGACGCCUUGAGAACUGUGGAACACUCCGUCCUCAUUGCCACCGGUGUCAUCUCCACCCUCAAGAUCAACAAGGAGAAGAUGGAAGCUGCGUUGACCAUGGACAUGUUGGCCACUGACUUGGCUGACUACUUGGUGCGUAAGGGUGUUCCUUUCAGAGAAACCCACCACAUCUCGGGUGAGUGUGUGCGGGCUGCUGAAGAGCAAAAGCUCAGUGGCAUUGACCAAUUGACUUUGGAACAAUUCCAAGGCAUUGACAAGCGUUUCGGCGAAGAUGUCAAGGACAUCUUCGACUUUGAAGCCUCGGUGGAAAGACGUGACGCCAUCGGUGGUACCGCCAAGAAGGCCGUGUUGGCCCAAUUGAAGAAUUUGGCUGCUCAAGUCAACCAAUAA